AUGAAGUUGUUGGUUAAAUUACAAACUCUCAAAUCUUUGUGGACUCUGAAGCCUCCUAAUAGGACUUUCCAUGGACACCUCAGGCUGCUUGCCUCUGAUGUAUAUUCACAGUAUGAGUCUGUCAGAAGGGGAGAGCAGGAAAUACCAAAGUACUUUAACUUUGCAAGUGAUGUACUGGACAAAUGGUCUGAGAUUGAAAAGACUGGAAAGAGACCAUCAAACCCUGCCUUUUGGUGGGUAGAUGGAAAAGGAGAAGAAGUGAAGUGGAGCUUUGAGGAGCUGGGGUUCCUGUCUCGAAAAGUGGCCAAUGCACUGACUAAAGUAUGUGGACUGCAGAAAGGGGACAGAAUUAUUGUGAUCCUGCCACGAAUCCCUGAAUGGUGGCUGCUGAAUGUGGCUUGCAUGCGAGCAGGAAUUGUCUUAAUGCCAGGAAUAUCCCAAUUAUCAGCCAAAGACAUCUUAUAUCGACUCCAGAUGUCAAAGGCUACAUGCAUCAUCACCAAUGACACACUGGCUCCUGCUGUGGAUGCAGUGGCAUCUGAGUGCCAGCUUCUGAAAACCAAGCUAAUUGUGUCUGAAGGCAGUAGGGAGGGAUGGCUGAACUUCAUGGACCUGUACAAGAACCAAUCUGCUGACCAUGCCUGCGUCAAAACAAGGAUUGAAGACUCAAUGAUUAUUUUCUUCACCAGUGGAACCACGGGUUUUCCAAAGAUGGCUGAACAUUCCCAGGGCAGUCUUGGUUUCAGACCCCUUUUAAGUGAAAAGUACUGGGUGGAUUUGACUCCUUCAGAUGUGAUAUGGAGCACAGCAGACACAGGAUGGGUAGUAUCUUCACUGGCAUCUGUUUUUGAUCCCUGGGUUUUUGGAUCAUGCAUCUUUAUACAUAAAUUAUCACAGAUUGACUCAGCAGCCAUCCUAAAUACCCUCUGCAGAUUCCCCAUUGACGCACUGGUUGGUGCUCCAACACUGUUCCGCAUGCUGGUGCAAAAUGAUCUCUCCAAGUACAAAUUCAUGAAGCUGAGGCAAUGCAUGAGUGGAGGGGAGCCACUCAACCCAGAAGUCAUGGAGCAGUGGAAAAGCAAGACUGGGCUGGACAUCCAUGAAAUAUAUGGCCAGACUGAAGUAGGAAUAAUCUGCUCUGUUUAUAAAGGAAUGAAGAUUAAACCUGGAUCAAUGGGGAAAGCAGCUCCCCUUUAUGAUGUUCAGAUCAUAGACAAAAAUGGCAAUGUUCUGCCUCCAGGACAACCGGGGGAAAUUGCUGUCAAAAGCAAACCUAUAAGACCACUUGGGUUUUUCUCUGAAUACGUGGACAACCCUAAGAAAACUGCAGAAAGUGAACGUGGGGAUUUUUACGUCACUGGAGAUAGAGGGACUAUGGAUGAAGAUGGGUAUUUUCAGUUUAUCGGAAGGGACGACGACAUCAUCAUUUCAUCAGGAUAUCGCAUCGGGCCUUUUGAAGUAGAAAGUGCCCUGAUAGAGCAUCCAGCAGUAGCAGAAACAGCUGUUGUCAGCAGCCCAGAUUCCCUCAGAGGAGAGGUUGUGAAAGCAUUUGUGGUCCUAUCUCCAACCUUUUCAUCCAGUGACCUCGAGAGCUUAACCCGUGACUUGCAGGAGCAUGUCAAGAAAACUACUGCUCCAUAUAAAUAUCCUAGAAAGGUGGAAUUUGUCCAAGAGCUGCCAAAGACAAUCACUGGGAAAAUCAAGAGGAACGAAUUAAGAAACAAAGAGUGGGGUCAGAUGUAG